UACCUUGGGAGUGCUGCGCAGUUUCAUUGCCACUGCCAGUACUCGGAGCAGGCCGAAUACGAGCAGUAUCCUUGGGGACAGCUGGUCUUACUACAGGACUUUCUAUUGGGCCUGCCAUUCAGGUACUUGCAAGCACUACUCUAUUACUUCAGCAAAAAAUUUACGUAUGACAUUUGUUUUAUUCCACUUGGGAAUACUGGGUUCUACGUGGGACCGCUCCUUUUCAACGUGUACACGACGGCUGCGUUCUUUAUGUUUUUUAUCAGCAUUGUUUCCGUUUUCGUGGUGCAUGCUAUGUUUGUCGAAGACUACGUUGGCAUUAUAAAAGACCCAUUCCUUGUCAUUCCCAAAUUUGAUCGCACUGCCGUUCUACUUCUUUUCUAUUUGUGGUGGAUGCUUUGUGGAGUUGCUAGCACGGAAGGACUAGCCGCUCCAAUAACUAUAGCCAUGUAUAACUGGACGAACGAGGAAGCGAUUCUGUACAACGGAAUCGUACAGGUGAUCUCGUGUGGAGUGUCGACGAUUGGAUACACGGUUAUCGGCUCUACACGUAUUGGAACGUGGUCAGUUCAGUUUUAUUCAAAAAAAAGGGAUCGACGCCUCGUCCUAGCCAUGGGCCUCUUGGGCUUUUGGUUCUUUCACUUUUGCCACUAUCCACUGCCGUUUUACGAAGGACCUCUAACAAGGCCUGCACUAAUGAACAGCACAGCAUCUGUAGGUGGAGGUGGGUGCUUUCCCGAAUACGAGUGGUGCGACUACACCCGAAGCAGAACCUUUGUUGACAGGGUUCCGAUGGCACUGUACUUCUUCAACUUCGCCGUGGUUCAAGGGUUCGCAUAUCCGUUGAUAUCAGCUCCUUCUAACACACUACUGUCAGAGAUAAUUGGCCCUCGGAAGCAGGGUACAGUUCAAGGACUAUUCGCGUUCACCGGAAGCAUGGCGCAGUUCACUGUUCCUAUUUUUUCAACGGCUUUAUUCGAAACGUCUGGUUACAAGUUCAUCAUGGUAUACCAUCUCGCAGUAAUUACUUCGGCGGCGUUGAUAGUGUUCGUUCUACGAAAGCGGCUCGUCCCGCUUGAAUUGACGCCUACAGUCGGAAAAGCGACAAAGUACAAAAGGGGAACAUUCUACAGAAUG